UGCAGUCUGACACUGUCACUGUGUGCAACAAGCUCAGUCACUCUGGCUUUGAGCUCGAGGCUGACGGACGCGUCGAUCGUCUAUGUACUGCUGAAUUAUUGUGUCGAGCACGAGUACAACCACUUAAAAAGUAAAGGAAAAAAGGAAAAACAUCGCGUUUUUGAGUACAUCAGCACAGGAUUACGGGACUUCACAUUGGAUUUUACACAGAACAUCCGAUAAAACCUUCAACAGGAUGUUUCGCGUUUGGGAUAUCUCCUUAGUUAUAUGCUUCUCUCUCUCACUCAUGUUCGUCGGAGUUGAAGGCGCGUCAGAGCUCCCUCCACCCAGGAACCUAACCUUCAAAUGGGAAACACCUUUCACACUUAAUCUUACAUGGGAAAAGCCGAAGGAUCUGGAGCCAGAUUGCAAAGUGAACUACACGGUGAACGCGCACCAUUCUCAGGACUGUUCUGAAAGAGCCAAACAAGACAUGUCAGGAGCCAAAAAUACAGAAACCAGGAGGGUCCAAAACAUGACCUGCAAACUGAAUAUCUCCAAUGAGAACGGACUAUGCAUCAGUGUUACAGUGAACCCUGAAAACUGUGGAAACAAAUACCAAAGUCCACCUUUGGACAUUAGCAUCCCUCCACCUCCAGUGAGGCUGGUGAAAAACAGGAGCUGUGAGUAUUCCCACAACAGGUUGAAGUGCACUUGGCAUUCUGAUGUUGAUGUCAAAGACCUUGGUUUUUAUUACUGGUCACCUCAGAAUGAAACGGUAAUAAAGUGCAAUGAGAUGAAGAUUGGAGAAUGCGUCAUACACGAUACAUUUCUCAAGCACAUGACAAACAUGCUCUACCUGUUCAAUGGCACUUAUAAGGGCAAACCUGUAAACAACACAUUCAUGGAUGAACGUCCAGUAGAUUUAGUGAAACUAAACAAACCUCAACUUACAAUCCAGAGAUUUGGGCAGUCUCUCCAUUUUCAAACAACUGUAUCAGAUUUAGAUGAGUUUGCACCUCAGUGCUACAGAUACAACUACAUUUACAGCAUGUGCGAUAAGAGUGUACAAGAAAAGGACAUGGCCAAUAGCAAGCAUGUAAUGGACUAUGACUCAAACUGCAAGUACAGAGCCAGAGUGCAGAUCAACUUCUCAUACAAAUGUGGUGCAGGGAAGAGUGACUUGAGUGAUGAGGUGGAAUAUGGUGAGAACAGAGAUCCAAAUUUGCCUGCAUUGCUGGCUGUCAUUAUUAUCCCGCUCAUAGUUUCCUGUUGCCUGAUAGUUUCUCUUGUGCUGCUCAGAAGACAUAAAGACAUCAUAUUCCCGAAAAUCCCAGAGCCAACGCUUAUCUUUAAGGACAUGCUCAUCAACAACAUCAGAACGGCAGAGGAUCUACGGAGUACUGCAGAUGGCAGACUGUAUAUCCCUAUUGAAGAAAUCGUAGAAAGCAAGAUAAGUCUUGAACCUGAGACACCACUUAUACCAACCACGACAAAUACGACGCACAAGCAGGUAUAACAAUUUCUGAUGACUGAAAACAUCCGGUAAAUCAGGAUGGACUUAAAACUUACACUGACGAGAAAAUGUCUAAGCAAGGAGGAGGAUUUAACUCCUGUUGUCUGUUUCAUCUGUUGAUGAAUAAUGAACUCAGGCUCCGUAUACCUUUUUUGAAUGGACUUCGACCUCACUUAUUACAGUUGCUAGUAAACUGCUCUUCCUGGCACGACAGUGGCUUGUUUUCAUUGAAUGUAUUGUGAAGAUAAGAAAAGCAAUCAACAGACUUUCCUGGGGCAGGUUGGUUGGCUCUGAUUAUCUGGUAUGUGAAGCUCGCACUGUACCCACUCAGUGUAUCCAGAGGCCAGCAGACGACAUAAGCAGCUUCAUGCAGCUUGAUAGAGGAACACUCCAAAAUGAUUCAUGGAAUAUGGAAAUUGUGACCUUUGAUCUCUUGCACACCAUUACUGAACUUUUCCAUGCUUGUUUAUACAGCCACAUUUAUGGACUCAUGGGUGUUUUAGCACAUAGUUUACAAAAUACAUGUACUGUGAUAAAAAUGAUUUU